UUUGGCGUUGAGGACUGAGACCAAGAAAUCUUUGCUAGCAUCAUGGUAUCGCUCCAGGAUUUCUGCGACUGAUAGACUGGGCCUUGACGGGGUCGAGGCGGAGGGGGGUGGAGGAGCAGCCGUGGGUGCGGUCAGCGAGGAUGAGGUGUGCAAUGGAUGGUGCAGCGGGGUAGAGUGAAAGCUGGCAAAGGGACGAUGACCGCCCUCGACGACUCCGGCAGAGAGAGGCCCAUGGAUAUCCUGGUAAGAGUAAUGGCGGCGAGGGACCUGGAAGUGAGAGUGAUGGGGCUGUGGUUGCUGGCCUGGCUUCCGUUGGGAGGAGCUGUUCGAGUGGUCGACCAUUUCGUAUUCCUUUCUGCACUGUUCCUAUUAACUGUAAUAAUAUUCAACCAGCGCCUGCUGCGUGAAGGAGAAGGCAGAGGAGGACAGCGUGCAAGCAAAGUCAGCAAAGAACAGCAGGAGUUAUGUUGCAAAGGGCAAUUGAAAGGAACAAAGGACAGAGCGAGCGCAUUCAUUCAUUCAUUCAAAUAUGUGAGAUAUGAAAAUGAAAAACGUGCUGCAACCGACCGGGUUUCAGUCUCAUCCCAUCUCUCGGAUCCAAAAGGCUUUCUUUUUUAUUCAUCACACCAACACGAAUCCAGGCAUGCAUGUUGAUGACGAGAAUAUGUUAUGUACCUUUUGUUCCUCGGUGAGGGAGAUGAGGAUGGAGGAUGGGUUUGAAAAGGGAUUAAUUAAAAUAAAAUAAAAAGGAUGAGGAAGGG